AUGGCUUGCUUUGCUCUUGCGUCCCGGUGGUUGCCGCAAGCUGGAGCAUCAUUAUCAGUGAUCUGCAAUUCCAAAUUCCUUGUCGGUGCGGGUUCCGACGUGCGAGUGGAAGCUUCAGCAGCUGUAGUCUUGCGAAUGCGUGGCGCGGCUAUGGCCCGGAAAUUCUACCGUCAACUCCAAGGUUCCGCCAAGAAGCGACGAGGACAGACGAAAUUUCGCCACCCGUCGCGACCGUUGUACCACAUUCACCUUUUACUCUCAUGUGCUACAAUCGCGGUUGCUGCUUGUGCCGAAUCGCCCUCCACCCCAUCCACUUCUAUCAAGUCUGCUUAUAACGCAGCUGAUCAUCUCAGAGACCUUCCCGUCCGCGUUAUCCCACACACCAGCCGUUCGUCCUUUAGAUUGGAUCCAACGGCUUGGCGCGGAUUGCAUUUGAAUCGCACCCGUUCAACGGCUUCUCAUCCCAGAGACCCUCCCGUCCGCGGUAUCCCACACACCAGACGUUCUGCUUUCAGUUUGGAUGCAUCGGCUUGGCGCCGUUUGCAUCUAAACCGCACUCUUAGAAGCAGAGUCAAUUCAAUACACUCACCUCUUAGACGCAUCAACGGAAGAAGUUUUAGAAGCAGCAACAGCAGUUUUGUGUGUCCAAGGAGAGUGAUGCAAGCCAGGCUGAAGCAGCCCUUCACCUCCGAUCCAACUGCUGUCAGACCCAGACCCAGCAACAUUGCUCCCACUGCCACUCGCUCUCCCAGCCAAUUGCCAGUCAUCCCAUCAGAUCUGGGCCCGCAAAUAAUGUCCUUCUGCGGGCAGGGUGUUUGCGCAAAGGACCCCAAGUGGUGCGGGGUAAUGAACAACCCUAUCCGCGUCUACCUCGUGUGGUACGGAAGCUUCUCCGACACCCAGAAGAGUCUUCUCCGAACUUUCAUCCACUCCUUGAGCAGCACUGAAGGCACAGUUGCUGACUGGUGGCGGACCAACACUCUCUACUACGACUGCUCCGGCCGCCACGUCUCCUCCUCAGUGGCUCUAGCAAGGGAGCACCACGUGAGGCGUCCCCUCAGGCUGCUGUACGGGCUCAAGUCGAUAAAGCGGGUGGUGAAGAAGAGAAUGAACAGCGGCGCUUUUCCGGUUGAUGAGGAUGGAGUGUACUUUGUGAUCGGCGAUGGGAGCGUGGCUCAGGUGUGUGCUGUGUAG